UAACAACUCCGCAGUGGGAGGCGGAAGAUUAGGGGUAUUACAACGCCGCCUUUCAGGAGAGUCUGGUACGCUUGAGGCAGCAUAAUCUCACAGCAAAUUCCAAUUCGUUUCGCUGGGAGGAACCAAGAAAGCAACUGAGAGAAGAGGCUGCCAUUUGGAGCCACACUAAAAGACCUGAAGCUUUGUUGUUAGACAGCUCACUAAGACUCUCACUCGUGAGACGGACUCAGAACGCGAAGAGCCGCUACUUUCAAUUCCCGGAUCGGGUCCGAUUCAAAGUUAUGAAGUAUCUCCUGGAAUGCCUGAAUCCUGGCGACAAGCCCAUCCGGAUGAACAGCCCAUUGUAUCUCCGGGAAGCAUGGCCGGUCAACCGGCUCCGGAAACCUGAGGUCUGGUCAGCGAGAUCCUUUGACAGUCUCGAGAGUGUUCUCUCCUCCCUGGACAGUUAUAUCUCCGCCUGCAGCGCCAUGAGGGCUGACGUCCUGGCGACUCUCUUCCUGACCCGCCGCUUUCAUGUUGUAUACUCGCCCUGCAUGGGCAACAGUACGCAACCGGCGGCCACGCACUACAUGAACAAGUACGGAUCCCUGAUGGCUUCCAUCACGCUCGAGGUGGAUUUCACAAAGCUAGCCGGUAGCUGGAGACCCGAAGCCGUGCACCUCGACGGCCUCAGAGGACUCGACGGCGUCAAGAGACUAGUUGACACCUUUGUUCAGAGCCAGCUCACUCGGAGCAGCAACACCCCCAUCCGAGACCUCCGCGUGCUGGUCAGGCGGUACCACGGCUUCCGCCCCCAAACACUCCCCGCGCCACCAUCACCACCACCCUCUUUUUCCUUCUCCUCUUUCUCCUCCCCAUCCUCCAACUUUUCCUCCCCAUCCACCAGCCCAGUCUCAACAACAAGGAGCAGAAUCGCAUCCGCCAUUCGCAGCCGCCUCCGCCGCCGUCGCAGCACCAACGCCCUGGCAUCAGCACCCUCCACUCCGCCCCCGACCCCUACCCCGACACCGACAACGACAAGAUGGGAGGAGUACUCGCCGGCGGCUCACGUGCGGCACGCGCUCUCGGCACUCCCAUCUCUCGGCCCCGUCGUGUCUCGCCUCAGCCUGUCGGGCGCCCCGGCCGACUUCUCCGCCGAGCUCGCCGCCGAGUGGCCCCGCCGGGCAGCCAGAGCACCGUCCGGCGGGGGGAAGGGGGAGGGCGCGUCAUCGCCGCCGGUCCUCCGGGUCGAUGGGGUCGUUAGGUUGGGGUGGGGUGGGGUGAUGCGGAGGGGAGGAACAAGAGGGAGAAGAAGAAGAAGAGUUUGAGUCCGGAGGGGAAAAGGAAGGGGCUCGUACGGAGACGGGCGCCGGACGGGUUGUGG